AUGUGCAAUGGAUCAAACUCCAAAGGGAGUGAAUCAUCUCGAACCUCCAAAACGCAGAAAUCAAGCGAUGCAAGUAAAGGAAGCCAUCAAGCGAGUCGCACCACCGCCAAUUCGCAAUCAAGCAAACAAAAACAAAAUGAGCUCGGGAUAAAAAUGGCUCAGCUCGGAUUGUUUGGGCGGAACAGCGAGAUCAAGGUCAUCCGUAAGUGUCUCGAUGACGUUGUGGCGACUGGUAAGAACAAGCUCCUCUGUAUUUCGGGUCUCUCCGGCACUGGAAAGACAGCGCUUGCAGCCACCGUGGCCAAUGCAGUUGCCAAAAAGAAGGGAAUCUUUUCCAUGGGGAAGUUCGACCAAAAGCUCCGAGGUGAACCAUACGCUGGUAUCGCUGCGGCUGGAAGACACAUCUGUGGAGAAAUUCUACAUCUCAAGCAUUCAAACGAACAUAUGGGCUCUCUGUCGUUUGAAGGCAUUCAAGAGACGAUCAUCAAAGAACUUGGACCUGAAUUGGCGACACUUGUCCUCAUCCUGCCUGAAAUCGAGGAUAUCGUUGGCACCUCUUCGGAAUUUCUUGCCCAGGAUGAUGGACAGGGCGGAAACAACGGUGGGAACAAGGAACGUUUGAAUGGUGCCAUCCGAACUUUUUUUCGUACCGUAGCUUCCUUUUUCAAGCCACUUGUCAUGGUAUUGGAUGAUAUUCAGUGGGCCGAUCUACCAUCCAUCGAUCUGAUGGAAGUAUUGAUGACAGAUAAUCUCAGCACCAAUUUUAUGCUCAUUGCUCUGUACAGAUCAAACGAAGUCGACGACACCCACAUCGUGAGCAAGUUCAUCCGAACUCUUGAUGAGAAAGAGGACGAGUACGACUACGACACCACAAAGAUCGAGGUUGGAGACCUGAAAGUCGAACAAAUCGAAGAGAUCUUGGCUAAUCUUUUACACAUUCCGAGCUAUCGAACGUCCGACUUGGCUGAGAUCGUCCAUCGAAGGACAGGAGGGAAUGCUUUCUUUGUUAUUAACUUCAUUGAUAUGCUCAGCAAUGAAAAACUUAUUGCAUACUCGAGAGCCGAAAAAAGCUGGGUAUGGGAUGAAAACCAAAUUGAACUUGAAACGAUUGCCACCGACAAUGUUGUCAGUCUCCUGAAAGAGAAAAUGAAGAGCUUGCCCUCCAAGAUGCAAGAAAUUCUUCAACUAGCAGCAUGUCUCGGAGCAAGCUUUCGAGAGGAGUUUCUAUCAAAAGUGGUCAAGGAUUACUUCAAAGAAAGUCCUAUGAAACCAAGCGAGCUUUCAGAAUGGUUAACCAAAGCUGUCACUCAAGGCUUUCUUAAUAUCGAUAGCGUGGGUUACAAAUGGGUUCACGAUAAGGUUCAAGAGGCAGCUCUUUUCAUCACAAGCGAACAGGAUCUUCAAACGAUGAGGUACGAGGUCGGUACUAUUCUUCGUCGACGACUAUCAAGACAAGAGCUGGACAAGACCUUGUUUGUCGUGGUGAAUUUGUUGAAUAUCGGUAUUGGAGGUUCCAUGUCUUUGGCUGUUGCUACGUCGCUAGCGGAACUGAACUUUCGAGCGGCGAGAAGAGCCAUGCGACUAUCAGGGUUCGAGAUUGCAUCCAAUUACGCAGGUGUCGGCAUUGGUUUGCUCCCACAAGACUGCUGGCAAUCGCACCAUGAUUUGACUCUAAAGCUCUACGCCCUGGCCACGAAUGCGUACGGUGUGCUGGGGAAUGUUGAGACUAUGCAAGUCAUGUAUGAUGAAGUGUUGAAUCAGCCGAAUCUUUCACUCGAGGAGAGGUUUCCUUUGUAUGUAUCAAUGAUUGAGUCCCUGUCAGGGCGGGAUGUACAAGCCGCAAAAGAUCUAUGCUAUGAUGUACUUGAGCAAUUCAACCACCCCCUUUUGAGAGGAGGAAGGAAACUUGCGAUUUACACUCGUCUGAAUCUCAUCAAGAAGUACGACAAGAAUCUCGAUCCAAAUCUUGCAUCGACUCUUCCUGAAAUGACCGAUAAAACUGCUCUUGCUGUCAUGAAAGUACUAUCAACACUAUUGGUGUUGGUGUAUGUAAGCGACAAAAGAGAGCUUCCCCAGGUUACUUUGAAGAUGGUGGCCCUUGUCAACGAAUUCGGAGUGUGCGAUGAGGCUGCCAAUGGAUAUGCUUAUCGCGGAGGCAUGGCAAGCAAUUUGAAGGUAAUCGAUGCCUAUGCCAAGUUUACUCAGACGGUCAUGGAACGUUCAAAGGAUCGCUACUCGAAGGCUGCAACAAAGAUGUACUUAGGUUGCCUCCAGAGUUUCACUCAUGACAUUCGAUCGGUCCAAAAGGGCUACUACGAAAACUAUCAUUAUAGUUCGCAAGUUGGAGAUAUCCAAAUGUCUCUUUACUCAUUCAUGAUGGUUCUCUAUUAUGAACUUGUCAGUGGAAGAUCCCUCAGAGCAGCUGCGGACGAAACAAGAGAAACCAUUCGAAACAUCAAGUCGAUGAAUCGUGGAUGGCAAGUCCAUCUUAUGUCCAUAAUGUUUCAAGUCAUCUUGAACAUGCAAGGACAGUCCGAAGACCCCCUUGUUUUGAAAGGAGAAGCAAUAGAUGAGGCAUUGCUUGAUCCAGAGGCAUCUGGCGGAUUGGACUAUACCUUGCUACAUGGUUUCAAAGGGAUCAUAUUUACCUUCUGUGGGAACCACCGAGCGAACGCAGAAGAAACCCUGGAGAAAAUGCCUUUUCUUGUAGAUGCAAUUUCAGGAAAUGCUAUCGCUUUUUGGUUCCAGAUUUACGUUGCAAUUUCUUGUUUGCAUUGUGCUCGUUCUUGUGGCAAGCGAUCUUCCAAGUAUCGAAGGUAUGGAAAGGAGACGAGCAAAAAAACGAAGACAUGGAUUGCCCAAGGAUGCCCUAACUUGAAGCAAUUGGAUUUACUCAUGGAUGCAGAGCUUGCUGUAUUGGCCAACGACCCGGCGAAAGCUUGUCGGGUCUAUAGAAGGUCUGUAGAGGUCGGCAAGAAGGUGCAUCGACCAAACGAUGCUGGAUUGGCAUCGGAGAGGCUCGGGGAAUUUUUGCUAAGCAUCAACGACAAGGAUGGCGCAAAGGCAGCUUUGCUUGAAGCGAUGGACCUCUAUUCUCUGUGGGAAUCGGACUACAAGGUGGAGUCAAUUCGUUCGAAGCACGAGGAGUUGCUCCGACCAGUGAGUGUGCUUCGACAGGACUGA